AUGGCUGCCCCGUCUCUCCUGCGUCUCCAGCAAACCUUCCUUUCAUCCCCUUCCUUUGCUGUGGUCGGGGCUUCUAAGGAUACAACCAAAUAUGGUACCAGGGUCCUCAACUGGUACAAGGCACGCGAUCUGCCUAUUCAGCCCAUUCAUCCUCGCGAAGCCGAGCUUGAGGGCUACAAGACCAUUGCGUCUAUUACAGAGCUCCCAGACCCGACGAAGACGUCGAUCAGCAUCAUAACCCCCCCCACCUGUACGCUCUCUCUUUCUCCAAUCGCCCUAGCUUACGGUUUACUUUCAGCUCUGUGGCUCCAACCCGGGGCAGCGGACGAGGCAGUUACCGAGUGGAUCAAGGAGAAAGGUAUGGAAGAUCGCGUCAUAUUCGGGGGGCCAUGUAUUCUUGUCGAGGGCGAUGGCGUGCGUGCGUUGUUGUAA